CUCCAUUCUUACAUAAUUUAGUUACAGACGUGCUUAUGGUGGCAGGUCUUCCUCUGCUCAUCUGACUUCACCCACAGAUCGAUCUUGUCACAGGACAUUCCUUCUUAAAUCUAGGGUGGACAGGUGAAAUGAUCCCGUUUGGUGAAGAUGCUGAAAAGAUGUACAGUUUUCUGGACAUUUUGAAUGGGAAUUUGAGAAUGUUUGGGAUUUGUUUCUCACUACAGAAAUGGGAAUUGUUGUUCCACGACUGGUUUUCAGUGGUGCCCUGUCUAAGAAAAGAGAGUGAAAUGGUUGAGUGCCUUGAUCACUUUACUUCACUACACGUAGUUAUCAAGUGAGGUCAGUGCUGGUGGGUCAGUGACCGACGAAAUGUCUGUACGGAUACAAAAGUGUCGGUCGACUUUUGUCAGUUUAUGUGAUGUUUGUAUGCCACUGGUGCAAUAUUAGUUUGGCUGUUAAGAGUUGAGUGUACUGGGCUGGACUGGACCACAGUUUUCUCUCUUCUACUGCACCGCAUAGAAACAACAUGAUCAUCAACAAAGGUAGAUGACAUGAGAAGGUUUUAAGUGUUUGACUGUCAUCGUCGUCGUUUCGGGAUUCGCAUAGACCAUGCGUGUGUUAUGGUGUCAUGGUGUCAGUAAUUUAGAAGUAAUGUGAACAGUUUUGUGAAGGGGAGGAAAAUUGGUGGGUGAUGUUGUGAGCGUUCAUCGUUUGAGUUGACUGGCAUAUGCUUUCGGGAUGCCUAAUCACUGUCCUCCUCAUCGCAUAAUGUUAGCUGUCUAGAUUCAAACCGGAAAAUGGUUGUGGGUGCCCAGACUAAAAGAUCGUAUUAGUUCAUCAAAUGCAUAAUUGUUGAUCUCAGCCGCGUUGGUCCUUGUGACAACGGCAAGGAGUGAGUUGACUUUUGAAUAGAAUUACUGAGAAUCAAUUUCACUGACUCAGAUCGUCUUAAAAUGUAUUGCAAUCCCGGUCGUCUUGCUGUAUUUCAUUGCUUCUUCAUUCAUUCUUGUUUUCUUGUCGUGACUUUCUGCCUUUUUAUACACGUUCUGGACUUCUUUCUCUUUGUUUUCUUUUUUCACCUCUGACCUUUUUCUGAUAUUUGGCUUGGUUAAGUGUGGCGUCCCUCCUUAGUUUCGUUGAUGCAUUGAUUUUGACUCACUUGUCUAUAUUCUUCAGGGAGAAGAGCUGUUGGUUGCACCUGAGGUCGUAGCCGAACAAUUCUUCGUUAUCUGCAGGCGGCAGUCCCACUUUUAAAUUUGCUGAGCUUAGAAUUGAUUGGUGUAGACUUCACUUACGAGUAUGAAGUAUUUUUCUACAAUGAGAGUCUAGAAUAGGCGAUGGAAAUAUAGGCUAACACAAAUUCUCAUCUUAUUAUUAAUGUCACUCGUGGCGGAGAUGUUGGACGAGACAGUUAUGCAACAGAGUGAAGUUAAGGUAUGAGCAAUGGUUGAAAUCCUCCGUAUAUCAUUGAGCCUGUAUGUCGGAGAAAAGUAGUCUUUUGUAUCCAGGUUUGAUCACUAUUAAUACAACACGAAGAGGUUAUCAACAAAGGUUGCCUUACAUACUGUGGCUAUCAGUCGAAUACCUUUUUCGAUCAUUUGGAAACAAAUUUCAAGUUUACCUGUUAUCGUAAUACUUUUUAACAUGAAAAUUUUUCUUAUUGCAUUGAUGAUGUUUACUAAUUGACUAUCCUUUUCGAAGAAAUAAUUCUUUUUAACAUGAAAAUGUCUCGCCUUCUUUUUUAUGUCUCAGAUCAGAUCAGAAUAGCUCAAAAAUUCGCAUAUUUGACGCUCGUAGUAAAGGUGAAUUAUUACACACGAUGGAGAAGUUACAUGAGGCACCCGUUGUAUGUUUAGCUUUUAACCCCCUGUUCGAGUGUGCCUUAAGCGCUGAUUCAGAUGGUAUGUUGGAGUGCUGGUCCGGUCCAAAAAAUAAUUUCGACUUCCCGCACACGCUGAAAUGGGAGUACAAAUCAGAUACAGACUUUUAUUGUUUACUGAUUUCUAAAACGUAUGCUGUCAGUGUUGUGUUUUCGCCUUCUGGUGAAAUACUGGCUGUACUUGGUGCGGAUAGAAAGAUACGAUUGUUUCGUUUUUCUACUGGUAAACUAAUCCGCGUCUAUGAUGAAAGCCUUCAACAGUAUUCUAAUUUACAACAGACAAAGCAGUUGCUUCCUAGUAUGGAAUUCGGUCGGCGUUUGGCUCAAGAGAAAGAACUUGAUCGAUCAGAAUUCAAGCAUAGUUGUAAUUUAAUUUUUGAUUCAUCCAGUAACUUUUUAGCUUAUGCUACUCUAUUGGGAAUAAAAGUGAUCAAUAUAGUAACGAAUCAAGUCGUGAGAAACCUGGGUGGACCAGAGAAUCUACGUUUCAUUCAAUUGGCUUUUAUACCACCGCGUAGCUCCUCAUUAUUCUAUGGGUCCACUAGUAUUGGUUCGGGUACGUCAAGUUGUGUGCCCAGCCUGGAAAUGUUGGCAAUGGCAAAUGAUGAAAAUUCAACAGCGAACAAUAGUAGCAGUAGUACACCGUGUAAUACCGUAGCAUCACGUACUCCAGUGUUGGUUUGUACAGCCUUCAAGAAAAAUCGUAUCUAUUUAUUUACAAAUCGUGAACCGCACGAUGUAAAGUCUGAUGGCGAUACAGUUACACCAGGAUCUACAGCUGAACGCGAUGUAUUCAAUGAGAAGCCUACUAAAGAGGAAGUCUUGGCCGCUACAAGGGAUUCAGCUACUGCUGCCUCUCGACUUGCUGGUAGUGCUAUCCUACACACUACUUUGGGUGAUAUACACAUUCGUCUUUGUCCUAGAGAGUGUCCUAGAACUGUGGAGAAUUUUGUUGGUCAUUCUCGAGCUGGAUAUUACAAUGGUCAUAUAUUCCAUAGAGUUAUUAAGGGUUUCAUGAUUCAAACUGGUUGUCCUUUGGGCACUGGCACUGGUGGUGAAUCAAUAUGGGGUGGAGAAUUCGAGGAUGAAUUUCAUCCUAGUCUUAGACAUGAUCGACCGUACACUGUCAGUAUGGCUAAUGCUGGUCCAAAUACAAAUGGUUCACAGUUUUUCAUAACUGUUGCUCCAACACCCUGGCUUGAUAAUAAGCACACAGUAUUUGGUCGUGUUAUCAAAGGCAUGGAAGUUGUACAAAAGAUAUCAAAUAUUAAAACUAAUCCAAAAAAUGACAAACCUUUAGAAGAUGUGAAUAUUAUAAGUGUAACUGUAAAAGAUUUAGGUACUGGUAUAUAAUAAUGACUAACCCACUUUAUAUUCGUCUUAAUUUGUAUUCACUUGUAAAAAGAAGUAAGACUAUUGCUAAUUUCUCUUCGCUUAUCUGUUCAUAUUAAAAUGUAUAAAUAUUCAGUGAAUAAAGUGUUGAC